AUGGUGAGGUCAGAAAUUGAACAUGGUUUCAGAAUGAAUAGACCAGUCCAAGAAAAAGAGGAUGUCAGCAGUGCCUUGAAGAAACUUUUGGAAGAAAGCAACAGGAUAAAGCAAAGCCUAAGAAGGAAACUAAAUGACCUAGAACAUAGGAUGGCCCGACAGACUGAAUCCCCACCUCAUAUUGCUGACAGUCCUCUUGUCUCCAUUCCUAAUCUGAAGGAUCAUGAUCAUGACAUUGAGGAUAUAACUAUCUGUUCACUUCCUAUACCCACUAUAGAAGAGUUAAUUGAUCUAGAAGUUGUUUUUGAGCUUGGUGAGAAGAUCCUUAAGUGGAAUGAUAAUCCUGAUGAGUGGGUUGCAUGGGUGGAUGAUAGUUACAGUUGUUUUGGCCAUGACUUAAAGAAUGUGAUUAAACCUGAUACAGUUGUUAUCCUUGAUGUGCGUAGUGCUCGUGUAGGCUAUUUCAAUGGUAAAGUUGUCAAUAUGGCAUCUUCAACAAUAGUAAAUAUUAACCAUGCUUUCCCAGAGGUAGAAACCCUCACACUGAGAGCCCAUGUACCAUUGCAUCCUCAUGCAUUAUCUUCAGGAUGCACUCAAAUUGAUGGAAGAUAUAGCAGAAUGACUAUUGCAUCAAUACUUGAACGCAUGAGUGCUAAACAAGAAAUAAUUGAAACCACUAUAGUCACUCUUCUUAGAUUUAUAAACAUCAAAGAUGAUAUCUUCUAUUACACAGCUUGUCCACUAACAGUUAAUGGUAAAGAGUGCAAGAAAAAAUGCACUCAGGUAAGUGACGUCUCAUGGGUCUGCCCUAGAUGUCAAGUAAGCGUGUCUAAAUGCAAUUACAAAUACCUUUUACCAAUGAAACUGCAAGAUGCAAUAGGAACUCUUUGGGCAAUUGCUUUUGAUGAGGUGGGAGCAGAUUUAAUUAAAAAAACUGCAAAAGACCUUUACAUGCUCCAAUACGAUAUGGCCACAACACAAACACCUCGGUUUGUGAUUAAUAUAGUUGUUUCAGAUACCUACGCAUUUACUUUGUUGAUCUCUACUGACACAUACAACUCUGAGCACAAGUUGAAGGUUGUAAUAAACAAAGUGUGCAAGCUAGAUUAUGAAGCUGAGUGUGUUUCUUUGCUUGCAGAGAUCGCUCGCCUCUCUGCACGACCUUAG